AUGUCACAUAUUACCCAGAGACCUGCAUCACUUUGUGCUUUCCUUCCACAAUGUUUCAGAUUAGAAAACAAUGCUAGAACUUCUGAAGCUGUUAAUGUUGAGUACAAUUUUACUCAAGUUCUUGAUGGAAUUCCUGGUGCUGAAGGACCGGUGUUCAACAAUAGGUCGUACUUCUACAUGGUUGCUCCAGAAGUUGAAAAGAAUGGGAAAUACGCAGGACAAGUAUUAAAAGUUGACUUGGAAAAGAAACAGACAAGUGUGUUUCUUGAGCCGUCUGUCAAUGGCUAUGGCGGAAUCCCAGCUGGUAUGCAGUUUGGUAAAGAUGGAACUUUUCGAGUUUCUGAUAUGAGACUUGGAAUUCUCAAAGUCACACCUGAUGGUAACAUGACACAGGUGUGUCGCCAGGACAGCGAGGGACGUCCGAUGCAGGGAUGUAAUGACUGCAUAUUUGACUACCAGGGGUCACUGUGGGUCACAGCACCAGCAGAAGAGAUAGCUCCAGCUCCAUUCACAAAGUCAAAGGAGGAGCCAUUUGGAUCAGUGUACUGCAUGCUGACAAGUGGUCAAGUUGUCCGAGUGGACACUGGUAUUCGUUUUCCCAACGGCAUUGCAGUUCUACAUACAGAUGACGGGCGUCCCAAGAAGCUGAUCGUGGCAGAGACCCCCACUAAGUUGCUGUGGAGUUAUGACAUUGUGGAGCCAGGCAAAGUUGCCAAUAAAACUAUCUGGGGACGACUAUCAGGUGACCACGAGGGAGGCGCAGACGGACUGGACUUCGAUGCAGACAACAAUCUCCUGGCGGCUCACAGGGGCGGUGGAUUUAUUGAAGUAUUCAGCUCGCAGGGAGGCCAGCCACAGAAGAGAAUCAAAUGCCCGUUUAUGAGAACCAGCAACCUUCAUUUCAAACCAAAGUCCAACACAGUGUACGUCACAGAGCAUGACAAUCAUGGUCUAUGGGAAUUCAAGUGGGAAAACCAGGGGAAACCCCAAAAAUGUGAGAUGUUGUUUGACUAGACAGUCAAAUAGACAGGAGCUCCUAGGUUGUUGUCCAUAGGUGACCAAAAUAGGCCAGUAGUGUGGACAUCGACUAGGAUGACAUCUUUCUAUUGUUAACCCAAAUAUCACAUCUAUAGUGUUUAGUGGAGAUGGUGCCUUAUAUUCAUAUCUUAUAUCCAUUGCAUAGCAAAUACAAUUGAAACCAACUGUUGUUUUUUCAGCAUUAAGGGGUUUGUAUUUUAAUGACGCUGAACCAACUGUGAUCAUAUAAAGAGUUUUAGAGAGUAAAAUAGCUGCACCAUGCCAUAUCACGCUUACCUCUGAUAGGGAAUGAAAUUUUUUUAAUGUGAUAUUUCACAAUAACAUGCUUAGAGAACAAUGGAGAAAAACACAGUUAAUUUCAGAUAGUCGAAUUGUUGACUUUUUCCUUAUGCAUGAAGAGAGUACUGUAGGUUAUGUACUUCUAAUAAUUCACUAUAUGCCAAAUGACAUGAUCAAAUUGUUUUGGAGUAUGGGAGUGAGACUAAUUUUAGGAGGUUUCUAGCAACAUUAUACAGCUGUGAAUAUCCUGACAGUAGACUGAUCAUGCCAUCCUUUACUUCAGCAUUCCCUGACUGCAAGAAGUUGGUGCUUUCAGAUAUUUGAUUUUCCUGCCAUAUGGGAACAUGGUUUCUUGGAUGUACAACUAUGGUUGUUAAAUUAAAUAUGUUUUAUAUUUAUAUUUCAUAUAAUGCUUACACACUUGAUCUCGUCUUAACAAUGUAAAAUGACAUCUUUUAUAUCAGAAUAUAUAGGCAACACAAAACAGA